ACUAAACCUGGCCCUAGAUUCCUUAUAUUUAAGCUAACUUUAACGCCAAAACCCUAGAGGGUCUUCUUCUUUCCAGUCUCCGGCGUUCAGAGCUUGCGCUGUCUGCUGCUUCGGCCCUCUUCUCUGCUUCCGAUCCGUCAAGAUGUAUACGUCUAGGCAGAAGAUUCACAAGGAUAAGGAUGUCGAACCUACUGAGUUCGAGGAGACUGUUGCUCAGGCAUUGUUUGAUUUGGAGAACACCAACUCUGAUCUGAAGAGUGAACUUAAGGAUCUCUACAUUAACUCUGCAGUUCAGAUGGAUGUCUCGAACAACCGCAAGGCUGUUGUUAUCCAUGUCCCUUACAGGCUGAGGAAAGGUUUCAGAAAGAUUCAUGUCAAGCUUGUUAGAGAACUCGAGAAGAAGCUCAGUGGGAAGGUAUGUUUGCGUCUUUUAUCUUGUAGUUUGAUGAGACACCCUUGUGCGGUGCGAUUGGCCUUGGUUGCCUUUGUAAUUUCUCUCUCUAGGAUGUGGUUGUCAUUGCUACUCGAAGGAUUGUGAGGCCACCAAAGAAGGGUUCAGCUGCAAAUAGGCCACGCAGCAGAACACUAACCUCUGUCCACGAGGCAAUGCUGGAAGAUGUCGUGGCACCUGCUGAGAUUGUUGGGAAGAGGACUAGGUACCGUCUUGAUGGAUCCAAGAUAAUGAAGGUGUUCUUGGACACAAAGGAACAGACAACCACCGACUACAAGUUGGAUACCUUUUCUUCCGUUUACAGGAAGCUUACCGGCAAGGAUGUUGUGUUCGAGUUCAGGGCAGCUGAGGCAUAGAGAGCGAGGCUGAUUCUGGAGAUGGUGUAGUAAUCCAAUGUUUGUUUUUUGGCUUAGAAUCUGCACUUUGAAACUGUUUCAAGUUUUGAGUUUUGACAUCGUCUAGUUGGAUUAGAAAUCUUCAAAGGUGCAAUACUUCUGGUUCUGAUUUAAUGCCCUUGUUUUAAUGUCUAGUUUUGUGUCAUGGCAUGAGAUAUUCAAACGGUACAACAAUGUCUUAUCAUCGUGAGAAUAUACACUGUUGCAGCUGCCGCCAGUAAUCUAUUACCUUCAUCUAUUAUUGAUCCUCUGCUGUAUGCCUGUA